UUGUUAUUGCUUUAGCUAAAUAACGGCUUGCAAUGUCAAACAAAUUAUUUGCAUUAAAUUUUGAACAACUACAAAAGUAGCAAAGAUUUUGCAGAACUAUAAAUUUCUUUUACAAAAUGCCAAGUGAAAUCAUAACCUUGCAGCUGGGACAAUGUGGAAACCAAAUUGGUUUCGAAUUUUGGAAGCGUUUAUGCCUGGAGCAUGGCAUUUCACCAAAUGGUGUACUGGAGGAUUACGCUACCGAUGGUUUAGAUCGCAAGGAUGUGUUCUUUUAUCAGGCGGAUGACAACCACUACAUACCGCGUGCGGUAUUGCUCGAUCUGGAGCCACGCGUAAUUAAUACAAUAAUGACAUCAACGCACGCCAAGCUUUACAAUCCAGAGAAUAUAUAUUUAUCGAAACAUGGUGGCGGCGCCGGUAACAAUUGGGCUUCGGGUUUCAGUCAAGGCGAAAAGUUGCAUGAAGAAGUUUUCGAUAUAAUCGAUCGUGAGGCAGAUGGCAGUGAUUCAUUGGAAGGUUUUGUGCUCUGCCAUUCAAUUGCCGGCGGCACUGGUUCGGGUAUGGGUUCAUAUAUUAUGGAGCGAUUGGCAGACAGGUUUCCUAAAAAGUUACUGCAAACAUAUAGUGUAUUUCCAAAUCAAGAUGAAAUAAGUGAUGUUGUUGUACAACCAUAUAAUUCUUUGCUAACACUUAAGCGUUUGACUGUGUGUGCGGAUUGUGUAGUCGUUUUGGAUAAUACCGCUUUGAAUCGCAUUGCUGCAGAUCGUCUGCAUAUAGAAAAUCCAACUUUCACACAAAUUAAUAAUCUAGUCUCGACUAUAAUGUCAGUCAGUACAACGACUUUGCGUUAUCCUUCUUAUAUGAACAACAAUCUGAUUGGUUUGACAGCGCCAUUGAUACCAACACCGCAAUUACACUUUCUGAUGACUGGUUAUACACCACUCACCACUGAAAAUGAUCCAAAUUUGAGUGUACGUAAAACCACGGUGCUGGAUGUAAUGCGACGUCUGCUGCAGCCCAAAAAUAUGAUGGUCUCCUCAGGUCCUGAUAAGACAAAUCAUCACUGCUACAUCUCUAUAUUGAAUAUUAUACAGGGCGAAGUUGAUCCCACACAAGUGCACAAAUCACUGCAGCGUAUACGCGAACGAAAGCUAGCACAAUUCAUACCCUGGGGUCCAGCUAGCAUACAGGUGGCUUUGUCACGCAGCUCACCAUACGUACAGAGUAAUCACAAAGUUUCCGGCCUCAUGAUGGCCAAUCAUACUGGCAUUACAUCGCUGUUCAAUCGCGCAUUGGCGCAAUAUGAUAAAUUGCGUAAACGUGGUGCAUUCUUGGAUCAGUUUCGUCGUGAGGAUAUGUUUAAAAAUGAUUUAUCUGAGCUGGAUCACUCUAGAAUGGUAUUAGAUUGCCUUUCACAGGAAUACGAAGCAGCGACACGUCCAAAUUAUUUGCAAUGGAGCCCAAAGGACAUACAACAAAGCCACUGAAUUGGCGCGCGUAUAUUUUAUUGGUUUGAAAUUAAGUAAAAGGUUGAAUAUAAAUAAUGAAAUUAAAUUGUUGAAUAAAUGAAGUAAAGAAAACUAA